GCCGUCGGUCGGGAGCACCCCGCCCUCGGCGCCAUCUCUCGGACUUGCCGACCCCGCCAGGGUCACGCUGAGAUCUCUGCCGCACCGCCCGAACCUCCAGCAUGUUCCAUGGGAUCCCAGCGACUCCGGGCCUGGGAGCUCCUGGGAACAAGCCCGAGCUGUACGAGGAAGUGAAGCUGUACAAGAAUGCUCGGGAGCGCGAGAAGUACGACAACAUGGCAGAGCUCUUUGCGGUUGUGAAGACAAUGCAAGCCCUGGAGAAGGCAUACAUCAAGGACUGUGUCACCCCCAAUGAGUACACGGCCGCCUGCUCCCGGCUCCUGGUCCAGUACAAAGCCGCCUUCCGGCAGGUCCAGGGCUCCGAGAUCAGCUCCAUCGACGAGUUCUGUCGCAAGUUCCGCCUGGACUGCCCGCUGGCCAUGGAGAGGGUCAGGGAGGACCGGCCCAUCACCAUAAGGGACGACAAGGGCAACCUCAACCGCUGCGUCGCCGACGUCGUCUCGCUCUUCAUCACAGUGAUGGACAAGCUGCGCCUGGAGAUCCGAGCUAUGGACGAGAUCCAGCCUGACCUGCGGGAGCUGAUGGAGACCAUGCACCGAAUGAGCCACCUGCCCCCCGACUUCGAGGGCCGCCAGACGGUCAGUCAGUGGCUGCAGACCCUGAGCGGCAUGUCGGCCUCCGAUGAGCUGGACGACUCCCAGGUGCGCCAGAUGCUCUUUGACCUGGAGUCGGCCUACAACGCCUUCAACCGCUUCCUGCACGCCUGAGGCUGUGCCCCACCCCAGCCCCCAGCCUGGGGGUGACUUCUCCACGGUGGCUUCUCUCCUGGACAGUCUCAGUGCCUGUUGUCUGUGCGUCUAUCCGUGACCCUCUCCCACCCUCCCUACAAUAAAGAUGCUGUCUG